UUCCGCUCCAUACUGAGUUUGCUCCUACCCCUGGAGAUCCUGCACCAAGCAGGGGUGGUUCAUGGUAGUUUUACGUGCUCGUACGCCGGAUAGUUGCAGAUGGGGGACUGCAGUGUUGCGCGAUAUCAUACACUACCACAACAGCACAGCAGCACAUCCAAGACGGUGCAAACGUUGAACGGACGAAGGAGCAGAGCACUUGUGAUGGUGUGGGUGAUCGCGCAGCGAGACGGGGAUACGGCGCACGGAGGUGUGGUCGGGUUUUGCCAAUCCGAUGGCCCCUUCUGGGCUGGCGUGCGCCGCCCUGUAGCCGCACUUCGGCUGCCGGAUGGCGCCACCCUUAUUGUUCCAGCGCUGCGUAUGACGACAAUUGAGGUGAGGGGGACAAGACAGUUAGGAAAAAGACCCGGUCGAGGCAGGGCAAUCGGUGCCGUAACGGCGUCUGAAGAUGCGUCUUCUCAAACCUACAGUCGGCCAACUAGUCCUGUCUUGACCGAAAGCGCGGAGGUAUGGACAAAAACGUUAGGCGUGCCUGCGGGACGAGGACGGGGUCCAUCCCUUCACUGAUUGCCAAGGGGGGCGGCUGGUGGGGAUAAUGUUAAAGGAGACACACCAGAAGAGACAAGAGACAGUGAAUCGACAUAUGCCGAGACGAGGAUAAGCAGACGAUGCAGGGAAACCCGGAAGCUGGAAUCCUUUCGACGCAACCCGCUGGUUCGGCCAUCGGCUCCCGAAAACCUUAUUGACAAUUUGCAUUUCGUUCCGCGAGCGAGCCGCGAGGAAGAGCGGGGGGAUGACAUGG